AUGCAGCAACAGGGACAGCAAUUUUUUCUAGUACUAGCGGGAUUGGCGGGUUUUCUUCUAGUGUCGGUACAUGUGGAUGUGGUGCAAACGGCUUCAAUUUAUGGGCCAGAUUUUAACGACACUAGUGAUCAUUUCCUCGACCAACAACGCUCGUGUCGUGAUCUGUGCAGCUUCUGUCCAACCUGCAAUGGGUUCUAUUGUGGUGAAGAGUGCAUAUGUGAAUGUAGUCAGGAUCCGACCGAACAUGCCAAAUGCAUCGAUCUAAUUAAGGCCAACAGUGACAAGCUAGGACUCGUGUAUGACCUCUUCAUUCAACUGCCACAGAAACGUUCCUCCCGUACACGAUUCGGUAGGCGCGCAAAAACGCCAGUAGGUUUUCAUAAGAUAUUGUUCUCAAAUUUUGCCACCAAAAGGGUCGCAGUUUCAGAUGCACCGGCACAGGUAGGCAGUACGGUAAUGGAAAAGGAAACGAGUGAUCAUAUGGGAUCUGUGACACGAUCAACGACGGUCAUGGAUUCGAUGGAGGAAUCGGAAGUUGUGAAUCUUACGUAA